UGAACAAAUAAAAUUACUUUACACUUCACUUGUUCAAGGAACUUAGGGUUUCCAUUCCUUUCAGUCCUUCCUUUUAAUUCUUCAAAACUUCAUACUUUACCCCAUUUUGAGCUAAAAAGAUUGGAACUUUCAUACCUCAAAACCCUAUCUUCCAUGGCGAAAACAAGACCUGGCUCCUUAGCUCCCAAGUCCAAACCAGGGAAAAAGGACCUCGACUCUUUCACCAUCAGAGGCACUAACAAAGUUGUAAGAGUUGGGGAUUGUGUUUUGAUGCGUCCUCCGGAUAAUGGUAAGCCUCCGUAUGUGGCACGGGUUGAAAAAAUUGAAUCGGAUAGUAGGAACAACGUGAAGGUUCGAGUCCGAUGGUAUUAUCGUCCUGAGGAAUCGCUUGGAGGAAGGAGGCAGUUCCAUGGAGCAAAGGAGCUGUUUUUAUCUGAUCACUAUGAUGUGCAGAGUGCUCAAACCAUUGAAGGGAAGUGCAUUGUUCAUUCUUUCAAGAACUAUUCUAAGCUUGAGAAUGUUGGGGCUGAGGAUUACUUUUGUAGAUUCGAGUAUAAAGCUGUUACCGGAGCCUUUACGCCUGACCGGGUAGCUGUGUACUGCAAAUGUGAGAUGCCAUACAACCCCGAUGAUCUCAUGGUACAAUGUGAGGUCUGCAAGGACUGGUAUCAUCCUGCUUGUGUGGACAUGACAAUUGAAGAAGCAAAAAUGUUGGAUCAUUUCGUGUGUUUUGAAUGUACCGAGGAUGAUGCCAAAAGAUCACAGAACGGAUUUCAUUCAUCACCGGUAUCUGAUUCUGAUGAAAAGGUGGAGACGAAGCGACGAAAGAGAUGAAAUAAGUAAAUUUUGUUGCAUGAGAGGAGAAGAGUUGUUUAUGGAGAUUAAAUUUAGCUUGUAGACUGUUAUUAAAUAUUGUAUGAGUUGUAUAGUGGUUUGGCCAAACUGUUGGCUGUUAGAAACAUGUGUGUUGAAGACAUCAUAACUUAAGGCCAUGCAGGAUGAUUUAAAUGAAACCAAUAUUAGCCUAUCUUGGCUUUCCUUA